AUGGCAGCUCCAUCGGCUUGUGUAUAUGCGGCGCUAGGAACAAAUUUAGGCGAGAAAGUCACGAAUCUGGAAAAUGCUGUGGUUAUGUUGACAGAAAUGGUUGGAGCAGUAGAAGCGACUUCGUGUCUCUAUGCUACAGCCGCACAAUAUGUCGAGAAUCAACCAUUUUAUUAUAAUAUUGUCAUCAAGAUUCAUACAAAACUUAAGGCACAAGACGUACUUGUGGCUUUCAAAACCAUCGAGAGGAAGAUCGGACGCACUCCAACAAUAAGAUGGGGACCUCGACUUAUUGAUAUCGACAUAUUGUUUUACGACAAUGUACACGUUACAAUGGAUACAAAGGAAGGGUUUUUAAUCAUUCCUCAUGAACGUAUUGCUGAACGAGACUUUGUACUCGCUCCAUUAUGUGAUUUAGCUCCAGAUCUAAUUCAUCCAGUGUUAAAACAGCCCAUACGAAAGCUAUACGCUACACUUCAAGCUAAGCAGCAGCAUGUGUCACCUGUACCAAUGUUACCAAUAAUUAAAACAUCACCGUGGCCAUUGAGAAAAAAGACGUUUAUUAUGGGAAUUGUGAAUGUUACACCCGAUAGUUUUAGUGAUGGUGGUGGGCUGGAUACAGUUGCUGCUGCAGUACAAAAGGCGUUAGAUUUGGAACGUGGCGGAGUAGAGAUAAUUGACAUUGGUGGAGAGUCGAGUCGUCCAGGAGCGGAUCCAGUGACGCUUGAAGAGGAAUUAAGGCGCGUUUUACCCGUGAUUCGAAGACUUCGUGAAUGUAGCAAAGUGGCAAUUUCAAUCGAUACGACAAAAGCCGACGUUGCACGUGAAGCAGUGAAAGCAGGAGCAAAUCUUGUCAAUGAUAUAUCGGCAGGUCAAAACGAUUCUGAAAUGUUGGCUACUGUCGCGAAAUUACGUGUUCCGAUGGUGCUAAUGCACAUGCGAGGCACACCAAAAACAAUGACUGGACUAAAGGAAUAUCAGGACGUUGUAGCAGAAGUCAGUGAUGAUCUUAAAGAACGUAUUGCAGCUGCUGAAGCAGCAGGAAUCUAUCGAUGGAAUAUUAUUCUCGAUCCUGGUAUCGGAUUUGCGAAAGCUCGCGUUCUCAACCUUAAGCUUUUGCGAAAUCUAUCAAAUGUAAAGCAUAUUUGUCAUGGGUUACCACUCCUGAUAGGGUCGUCGAGAAAACGAUUUAUUGGAGAAAUCUGUGGCCGUACAGAUCCAAAAGACUGCGUUUUUGGCACAGCUGCAACGUGUUGCGCAGCUAUUGAGCAAGGAGUCGAUAUUUUGCGUGUUCACGAUGGAGCUGAGAUGGUGGAUGUUGCUAAAAUGUCGGAUGCCAUUUGGCGCGAACACUAG